AUGAAGAUCUGGACUUCAGACUGCGUCUUUGACCACCCAUUGGAAACUAUUACAGCUGCAACACAGAAAGGCCCAAAUGUGGUUGGAUGAUGUGAUGUACUGGACAGACAUACAGAUCACUCUGGAAAGCUGUACAGCCAAAGACUUCUCAGCACAGAGUGGGGGCUGCCUUCCAUUGUGAAAUCUCAUAUUGCAGCAAAAACUAACACAUUUGUGCAAGAACACUCUUUUAUACACAAAGCACACCUUCAGGACCCAGAAAAAAAUAUUUUGACUCAAGAAGCUGUGAUCACUAUGGAAGGAGUCAGUCUUAGCAGUUACCUUGAAGGACUGACGGCAAGCAUGGUAUCUUCAAAUGCCAAUAAAGGCCAGGAAACAAUGGAAUGGGUAAUAUAUCAAUUAAAUGCUGAGACUGAAGACUUGGCAGCUUCGGCAAGAGGGAGCAUGAAGACACCAAAUGCAGUGGCAGGGUUUGGGCUCCACGAACAGCCCCGCACGCUCCGCGCAGGGGCCGAUCACGUGGGGUCUCCGACCCCUAGUCUUGAUGCGGAGGUCCCCAUCCUGCCGUGGGCGGGCCGCAGAUUUCCUCCACACUACUGGGCACAGACCCCUACACCAGACCCGCGACCCCAGGCAGCGCGGCGCCACACCUCGGCCUUUGUCCAGCUGCUCCGGGCUCACCUGUCGCUUCCUCGUUGGGAGGGACUGGCCCCGGAAAAGCGCGGGCACUCAGCAGCGCAGGAAUUGCCUCCCACGUGA